AAAUGUUUGUUCGUUAAUUAUAGGCGUGUAGGCGUAGCAAUAGAAAUAGACAGAACAGAACAGAAAAAGCUUAUGGUUGUGGAAGCAAAAGACCCAAAAAUCUCAUAGCCAAAGGUAAAAGAAUUGUGACUUUUUAGGAUUCUGAGAAAUGGAUGACGAUUUCACACGCCCGCCCCGGCUUAUGAGCUUCGUUUCUGAGGAACAGUUGGAUGAAGCAAAGAGAACAAGGGGUGAACGGGUUGAGGAUGGCACUGCCCAGAGAGACAGACCUCUUUUCGAGAUUUUAAAAGAAAAUAAAGACAAGAAGGAUGCAGAGUUCAAUGAACGUUUCAAGCACAGACCACCCAAAGCCUUGGAUGAUGAUGAGACCGAGUUCCUUGAUACUUUAGAGAAUUCAAGGAAGGAAUAUGAGCGAAAGAUUGCAGAUGAGGAAACCCAACAACUUCUGAGUUUCCAGGCAGCCGUGGUAGCAAAGUCUAGCAUUGUACAAGAACUUCAGGAAACACCUUCUGUUCCUAUAAUACAGGAACAGAAAUCAGCUGGGAAGAGGAAUCUACCUCCUCAUCCAUUAGGUAUGAUUAUUAAGGUGAAGCCACAAGCAAAGAAAGCUAAAAUUGAUCAGGGAGGUGUUGAAGAACCCACGAACACAGUGACAACCCCACAUGUAGAUACAGACAAAAGUUUAGAGGUAAUGAAGACACCUAAUAGUGAUACUGAUAAGUCCAGUGUUGUUGCGAAGACAGGCCUUGUUUCCUAUAGUGACGAGAGUGAAGAUGACUAGCAGUUUUGUUCUCUUUAUCUUUAAGGAGCGAUUAAUAUUGAUUGAACUACUUUUUUUCUUUCCUUGCCUUUUGAUUUUCAAUAUACACAGUAAGAAAAGCGGGAUUUAGGAUUAUCUAUUCCACCUUAAAUUUAUAAAAUAUGUAUUGCGAUGGAGAAGAAAAAGAACAUAUAAAAACUUAGAGUAGGAUAUGAUUUGUGACAUGGUCUUUAAAAGGCCUCAAACACAAGCUCGUAUUUCAUCGUAUAUGGCAUGCCUCAGUCAAAAUUAUAUAAAUACUCAAGGAUA